UUUCCCUCCCUCUUUAUCACCCUCCCCGCCCCCCAGAGUUCUCUCCACCAGGUCCAGAGACAAUUGGAUGAUGCAGUCCUCAUAAUCAUCCGAUGAUUGCAGAAUGGGUGGCUGCAUUCCUUUUCUGAAGACAGCAAGGACGCGGUACCCCAGAAUCAUGCCCCUUUUGCUGUUGUUGUCUGCCUUGAUUUUUUUAGUGAACGUCCUGGGAGGAGCCCCGGGACACAACCCGAACCGCAGGGCCAAGAUGAUCUCAAUACAUAGCCUCUCUGAGCUGGAGCGUCUGAAGCUGCAAGAGACUGCUUACCACGAACUCGUGGCCAGGCAGUUCCUCUCUGAAUUCAAACCUGAAAGAGCUCUACCUACUGACCGUCCAAACACCUUGGAGAAGUGGUUUCUGAUUCUGAGAGGACAAGAGAGGGCCGUAUCCCUCAAGACCUUUGGCAUUCGUCUGGAAGAGGUGCUGGUGAACGAGCUUACCCGUCGCAAGCAACUUGAACUGAGAGCCGCGAUGCAGAUUGAAGAAGCCGCCGGUCCCGCUACAAUCGGUCGUCGUCGGGGAAACGCGGUGCAAAGGAUGUUUGGCCGCAUCCGGCGCUUUUUCAGUCGCCGACGGGAUGAGCCCUUCCUGCCCCAGGAGUUUACUCGCCGUGGGCGUAGAGGCGCAGUUUCUGUGGACAGCCUGGCUGAACUGGAGGAUGGGGCCCUGCUACUGCAGACCCUGCAACUUUUCAGGAUUUCCUUUCCAAUUGGCCAGCGACUUCUGGGAUCCAAAAGGAAAAUGAGCCUCAACCCGAUUGCUAAGCAAAUCCCCCAUGUUGUUGAGGCUUGCUGCAGCUUCAUAGAGAAACAUGGCUUAAGCACAGUGGGGAUUUUCACCCUGGAAUAUUCUGAGAAGAGAGUGCGUAAGCUCCGUGAAGAAUUUGACCAAGGUCUGGAUGUGGUGCUGGAUGACUCUCAGAAUGUACACGAUGUGGCCGCGCUCCUCAAGGAGUUUUUCCGGGACAUGAAGGACUCGUUGCUGCCAGAUGAUCUGUACAUGUCCUUCCUCCAGACAGCCACGCUGAAGCCACAGGAUCAGCUUUCUGCCCUGCAGUUGCUGGUUUACCUGAUGCCACCUUGCCACAGUGACACCCUCGAGCGUCUGCUGAAGGUCCUGCAUAAGGUCACUGAGAACUGCGAGGACUCCAUUGGCAUUGAUGGACAAUUGGUUUCAGGCAAUCGAAUGACGUCCACCAAUUUGGCUUUGGUGUUUGGAUCUGCUCUCCUGAAGAAGGGGGCAUCUGCCAAGAGGGAGUCCAGGAAAACCAGACUGGGGAUUGACCACUAUGUUGCCUCCGUCAGUGUGGUCCGUGCCAUGAUUGAUAACUGGGAUGUCCUCUUCCAGGUGCCUCCCCAUAUUCAGAAGCAGGUUGCUAAGCGUGUGUGGAAAUCCAGCCCUGAAGCCCUUGAUUUUAUCAGACGCAGGAAUUUGAGGAAGAUCCAGAGUGCACGGAUAAAAAUGGAAGAGGAUGCUUUACUUUCUGACCCAGUGGAAACCUCUGCCGAAGCCCGGGCUGCUAUCCUUGGUCAAAGCAAGCCCUUUGAUGAAGGUCAGUUCCCUGCUGGCGGUCAGACCCUUGCUGAAGGUCAGGCCUUUGCUGCAGGUGAGUCCCUUGGUGAAGGUCAGGGCCUUGCUGGAGGCCAGGUCUUUGCUGAAGACGAGCCCCUUCAAGAUGAGUCCUCUGACGACGAUAUGUCAGUCAAUGAAGAACUAGUAUUUGAAUAUCUCAAUCAAGGAUUAGUCUUUGCUGAACUUCAAGGUCUUGCAAUUCCAAAUGACCUUGAGAUUCAAGGUCCGCAUCUCGAAGGCAUUCCAGAGCUUGAUGAAGAUGAUGAUGAUUAUGAUGACGAUGACAGUGACGAUAACAAUGAUAAUGAUGCCCUGAAUUUGGAUGAUCUUCCUCUCUUUGAGGACAUUCUAGGUGCUGAUGAUGAAAUUCCAGACCUCAUUGAAAUUCCAGACUUUGAAGAAAUACCAUAUUUUGAUUUUAUUCCGGGCCCUGAUAUAGUUCCAGAUGUGCAGGAAGUCCCAAACCUUGGAGAAUACCCAGACCAUGACCUUGGUGAAGGACAAGAUGUUGAAGACUACCAAAACCUCAACCUCGCAGAAGUUCCAUAUCUUGAUGCUGUCCCAAACAUUGAAGAAGCCUCAGAUCCUAAUGAAAUCCCAGACGAAGAAGCCUCUGACAUUGAUGAAAUUCCAGACCAUGCCAAUGACUCCGAUAAUGAUGAAGACCCAGAAUUGGGAGAAGACCCCAAUCUUGACAAUGUUCUAGCCCUUGAGGAAAUCCCAAAUGGUGAAGCCUUAAAUGCUGAAGAAGAUCCAGACCACCAAGAAGCCCCAGAAAUCAAUGGGAUUUCAGACUCUGAUGCAGAGUUUGAUUAUGAUGAAGUCCCAGGUGUUCAUGUGGUCCCAAUCCCUGAAGAAGCUCCUGGCGUUCAUGUGGUCCCAAUCCCUGAAGAAGCCCCUGGUGGUCAUGAAGUCCCAAUCCCUGAAGAAGCCCCUGGUGGUCAUGAAUUCCCAAAUCAUGAAGAAGCCCCAGAGAUCAAUGGACUCUCAGACUCUGAAGAAGACCCCAAUCUUGAAGAGGCUCCAGCUCUUGAUGAUCGAGUCCCAAAUGAUGAAGAAACCCCAGCUACUGAAGAAAUUCCAGAAAUCAAUAGAAUUGCAGGCUCUGAAGAAUACUCCAGUCUUGAAGAGGUCCCCACUCUCCAUGUGGUAACAAGCCCCGAAGAUGUCCCUGAUACUGAUGAAAUUCAAAGCCAGGAAGAAUCCUCAGGUGAAAAUGGAAUACUGAGCAGUGAAGAAACCUCAGAUGUUGAAGAAAUCUCUGGGCGCGAAGAAGCUGCUGCUGUCUAUGAAAUCCAAGACUCCGAAGAAAAUCCCAAUCUUGAAGAAGACUCAGUUCUCAGUGUGGUUCCAGAGCCUAAGGACACUCAAAUUUGCAACGAAAUUCCAGUUUUUCAGAAAGACUUAGGCAACACUUCUGAAGAAGAUGAAGUUAAUGUGACUGCAGAGUUUGAAGAUGUUUCCAUUCUCAGUACAAUUCCAGACCCUCAGCCAGACCUAGCUGUCAAUCUUGAAGAAAUCAUGAAUAUGGAAACAGUCCCGGUGCCUUACACCGUUGACUUGAAAGAAGUUCAGAAUCCAAAGACCGUCUGGUUUUGCCAGGAAGAUGCAGAUGUUACAUUUCUUGUAGAUAUCACCUUCUUUAAGAACCAGUCUCAGCUUGGCCAAGUCAUGGACUACAGGUCCUUCUUGAAGUCACUGAAGAACAACGCCUGCUUUCGCCUCUCCAUGAAGUUCUGUUCCUCUGAGGAGCCAGCUGUGCCUCCGGGCACUGCCCGUUCCCAUGACGAUGAGGAAGGAGCGGGUAACCCCCUCAUUCUGGAGCAAGACCGCCCAUUGCUCCGUGUGCCCCGGGAGAAGGAGGCCAAAGCUGGCGGCGGCUACUUCUUUCCUUAGAUGUUUUUCCUUCUCUAUGGUGCCGGACAGGGGGAAAGGGUGGGGGUAGACCUGGGAUGUCACAGGAAACAUUAAGGAGAGUCUUGAAGGUAAAGAUCUGAGGGUAAGCAGGAGUUCUACCUGAUGCUCGGGUCAGGCUGAGAAUUCCAAACACUGCCAGCCCCUUUCCUGGGGACGUUUGGUUCCUUCUGCUGGUAAAAGCAGAGAUGUUUCUGUGUCAUGCUCAGGCACCCUGGUGCUACCUUGCCUCUCUCUUUGACCCCUGAUCCUGGCUUUCCCCUUACUUCAGCCGUCCCUUUCAUUGAUGUGACAUUUGUGGUAAAAUACCUGUCCCAGAGAAGCUCGCAAAUCUCGAGGUGCUUUCCCUCCCUCCAAAGGGGAUUGCAUGCUUUUCCUGACUUUCCUACCCUCCUCCUAAGAGCUCAAUUGGAAAGGCCCUCAAGAGGCAUGCCAGGAUGUUAGGUCAGCCUCCUGACAGCUGACUAACAAUUAAUGCUCAAUCAUGUCACACCAACUCAUAGCCGUGUCCCCGCAGUCACUCCACUGCCUCAGGAUAAAUUUUCCAAAUUAUUCAGGCCAGUGGUUCUUCAAACAGCUACUCCCCAAAUACUGAGAAACCCAACGAGCUUUUCUGGAGUCAAAAGUUAGAGGAAAAAUUUGACUUUAUUACCUAGAUCCAUUUUACAGAGAGCUGGCAGGCACAUCCUGUUGUCAGCAAAACAGCUAGUUAGGUUUGAACACAUAGUUCCAAGUAGUAAAACUCACCUGAUUACAGAAGUUCUAAAUUAUCGUCUCUGUAGUUCCUCUAUGUGGGACAGUACAAAUUUGCGGGACAUGCUCCGGUAACACACAGAUAUGGGUUACGUAUGACAUCCAAAAUUAUAGCUGUUAUUGAGGGGUAACACGGCCAAGAUCCAUAGAAUGAAGAGUGUACUGUAUUGAGGGAUAGAAAUUGAUCACACAAUGGGUAACAACCACAGAGCUCGAAGAUUUGUGAUAGUUAAAACUUCUCUGGCAUUUAAUCCUUAAUAAACAUCUGUAUUGUGGCAGCAGCAUA